GUGGAGGUGUGUGUCCUCAGGGUCUCUGGGGGGCCUGGCUGCGUGUCUGGAGCGCUCGUGGCAGCAGAAGAAGCUGAUGGCGCCGGGCUGCGAGCCGGCCUCCGUCAGGACCAUGAUGGAGGCGCUGCGACCGCUGGUGCUGGGUCAGAGUCUGGCCGGGGCCGGGGGGGGCGGCUUCCUGUACCUGCUGACCCGGGAGCCCCGGCAACGGCUCGCCGUGCUGCGCGUCCUCGGCAACACACCGGGUCUGGGAGACUUCAGCGUCCACUCGGUGGAGCUGGACAUGGACGGGAUCACAGUCCGGCCUCCGGAGGGGGGGCACGCACACCUGGCUCGUAGACUGGAGUGAUACACAGGAGACCAGGGAGGCUUCAUUAGGGGACUGAUGAUGAUGGAACGGACCCGUGGCGAGGAAUGACCUCACGAGA